AUGGAGGCCAAACCCAAAGAAGUAGAAGAAGUUGAAACAUGCAGUGAAGAUGCAGAGGAUCAUCCUCAACGAGGAGGCUGGAAAACCUUCCCCUUCAUUUCGGGAAGUGUGCUGGGUCUGUCCGUAGCAGCUGGCGGGUGGGCAUCGAACUUGAUAGUAUUUCUGAUAACAAAAUUCAACGUGAAGAGCUUAAGCGCAACACAGAUCAAUAACAUCAUCCUUGGUACCAACAAUCUCUUACCCAUUGCCGGAGCCUUCAUUGCCGAUUCCUUCUUGGGGUCUUUCUCUGUCGUCUCCAUUUUUUCCUUCAUUUCUCUGCUGGGCAUGAUCAUGUUAACCCUCAUAGCUACAAUACAUUCCUUGAGGCCUUCAUCAUGUCCACCUGGCUCACUUACAUGUGAAGGUCCAUCGAAGUUUCAAUACUCAGUCCUCUACGCAGCAUUAACCCUAGCUUCCCUAGGGCUUGGAGGAACUCGCUUUACAAUUGCAACCAUGGGAGCUGACCAGUUUAGAAAGCCCCAAGACCAAGGGGUUUUCUUCAAUUGGUAUUUCAUGGCCCUGUAUGUUGCCAACGUCAUCAGCUUCACCGCCAUCAUCUAUGUGCAGGACAACGUGGGAUGGGGAUUAGGGUUUGGGAUUUGCUUCAUCGCAAAUGUUAUUGGGUUAUUGGUGUUUUUGUUGGGGAAACGAUUUUACAGGCAGGUUAAACCAAAGGGUAGCCCCUUCAUGAGCAUAGCACGAGUUUUGGUUGCAUCAGUUUGGAAAAUGAAGAUAUCAUUGGCUGCUUCAAGAGACUCGGACUACUUUUAUGGAGAUGGGGCUUUGGCUGACAAUACAGUUCCAACUAAAGCUUUCAGAUUCUUGAAUCGUGCAGCGCUAAAAAUUGAAGAAAACAAGCAAUUUGAUGGCUCAUAUGAAAAAACAUGGAAGUUGUGCACUGUCAAAGAAGUGGAAGACCUUAAAACCCUAAUCAAAAUCAUGCCACUAUGGUCUACUGGCAUCUUUCUAAGCACUCCAAUAGGUAUUUCUAGUAGCCUCACUAUACUCCAAGCCCUAACUAUGGACAGGCACCUUGGCCCACAUUUCACAAUCCCUGCUGGUUCAUUCUUAGUUUUCAACCUCCUAGCCACAACCAUCUCCAUUUUCAUAGUUGAUCGCUUCAUACUACACAAAUUUAGAGCCCUCCAACGAAUAGGAAUUGGUCAUGUGAUCAACAUUGUUGCACUGGUUGGAUCAGCCCUAAUCGAAAGGAGACGAUUAGAAGUGGUAAGAGCACAUAACCUCACGAAUCAGCCCGGGAUGGUGGUGCCCAUGUCAGCCUUAUGGCUCGUGGCACCACUGUCGGUUGUGGGAAUUGGUGAGGCAUUCCAUUUCCCUGGACAAGUUGCACUUUACUAUGAAGAAUUUCCAAAACCUCUGAAAAGUACUUCCACGGCUAUGAGCUCAUUGUUGAUUGGAAUUGGGUAUUAUCUCAGCACUGCAAUCACGGAUUUGGUAGACCGGACAACAGGAUGGUUACCAAAUGAUAUAAAUCAAGGGCGGCUGGAUAAUGUGUUUUGGAUGCUGGCUGUGAUUGGAGUGAAAGCAAGGAAUAAUACUCUUAAAGCCAAAAUAAAUUACUUAAACUGGAGUUGCGCUCCAGUCCUUGGUGAACUUGGUUCUCAUGGUGAUUUUGAUUUACGCACGUAUUGCGUUGCCCAAACAUGCUUCCCAUUGAUGAAAAUUGGCCUUGCUUUUUCCGUUAAGAACAACUGGAAUGGGGGAAGCAGAAUGAACCACAAGACGGCUGUACAGAGGUUGCUCCUCAGUAGGCACUUCUUUUAUAAAGACACCAUCAAUGAAGUUCCCAAAUUCAAUAUCCACCAAAUUUUUUUUUCCAAUUUUAAUAUAGAACGUGGAAUGGGGAAUGUCCUAGUUGCAGUUGGUGGUGUCGACAUGGAAGUCCUCCUUUUGAAUGCGGUUCAAGGUGGAGAGUCACGCAUUUUUGUGCACAAAGUUGUACUCCUUGGGCGCAUGCUCAAGCCACAUCCACACGAUCAUGACCUUGGUAGACUCGCCCGGGUCACAGCCCAGGGCGAAUAUGAAGUGGGAAAAGAGCUUGCGGUCAAACGUUGUGAAACAGAGGGCAAAUUUUAG